CCUAACCAGCAAGCCAAUCCUCAUUACUCCCUAUAUAUAUGCCCUUGGUUGCCACCAUUUCCACUCUUCAAAUAACCAGCAACUUCUCAGCAAUUCCCCCAUCUCCACUCUAAUAUCGUUAUCACAUCCUCUAUCCUAAAUUCCAAAUGGGAGAGCAAAAAGAGGAGCCAAAGAAUGAGACCAAGAAGAAGCCCGAGGGGGAAGCCAAGAAGGACGAGGGUCCAGCCCCCAUCGUUUUGAAGCUUGACAUGCAUUGCGAGGGAUGCGUAAAGAAGAUCAAACGAAGCGUCCGGCAUUUGGAGGGUGUGGAAGACGUAAAGGCCGAUAUGUCUGCCAACAAACUCACGGUGUUUGGUAAGGUGGACCCCACCUUGGUUCAGGGGAAGCUGGCGGAGAAAACCAAGAGGAAGGUGGAGCUCAUCUCCCCUCAGCCUAAGAAAGAUGACGGCGCCGGUAAAAAGUCAGACCAGAAAGCGCCGGAAAAGAAGGCCGAGGAGAAAAAACCCGACGAGAAGAAGGCUGAGGAGGGCAAAAAACCAAAAGAGAGCACGGCGGUUUUGAAGAUCAGAUUGCAUUGUGAUGGUUGCAUUUCUAAGAUUCGGAGAAUCAUACUCAAGUUUAAAGGAGUCGAGUCAGUGGACAUUGACGGAGCCAAAGAUUUAGUGACGGUGAAGGGAACGAUGGACGUCAAAGAGCUCACGCCUUACCUGAAGGACAAGCUGAAGCGAAACGUGGAGGUGGUCCCACCGAAGAAAGAGGGGGGAGGGGAGAAAAAAGAGGCCAAAGAAGGCGGCGGCGGCGGCGAGAAGAAAGACGCCGAAGCGAAACCAGCCGCCGGCGGAGACGGUGAGAAAAAGGAGGAAGCGCCUAAGGUGGAAGUUAGCAAGAUGGAAUAUUACGGAUUCCCCCCUCCGACAUUCUGGUACAACGGACACGUGCCCAGUGAACCCAGCCACGCUAUGGGAGUACAUCCAGGGUAUGUGAACCAAGGGUAUUAUGGGAAUCCACAGAACGUAAACCAGGGAUACCCACUGGUGGAGCCGCCACCAUUCUACAUGCAAGCUCAUCAUCCUCAGAUGUUCAGCGAUGAAAAUCCCAAUGCUUGUUCAGUGAUGUGAACCCGAUCGAUGCAUCCGACGGUGGUUUUGAGGAUUAAUGAACACCUGGACCCUGUAUAUAAUUAAACUAUAUUCAGGUAAUAAAUAUUGUUAUAGAGAAAUUCAGAGACGGUGAGAUUUUGAUGUUCCGGAUACAUUAGCGACGUAGAGAUAGCCGACUCUGGCUAGAAAAUCUGGACCAGAAAAACGACUGCAAUAUUUGUUGUUUUGUUCCCUUCUUUUAUCCUGAUGUAUCAUACAGAUUAAUAAUGAUAUAUAUAUAUAUAUAUUCCGAGUUAAAUUUUA